AUGUCAUUUAACGGCCGCCUUGGUGUCGUCCCAAUCUUGCCCCUUAACGUAAAGCAAGCUGAACGAACGGUAGCGGCCUAUCUUGGAUUUGACAGUAUUAUUGACCUUCAGCGGUUCCUUAUCAUGUGGCCAUGCCUCGAGGCCAUGCAGCUUUUAUCUGCUCUACCCAGUUUUAUGUUUCAGAGUACGACUGAAGGUAGCCGCGUACGGCGAUCCAACCAUCAGGUUGGUCCCGCUAGUGAUUACAUCCAACUUUGCUGGAUGGCAUGCGUGUUGGUCAUCCUGCGGUACAGUGUCACAGUUUACGCAACGAACACCCUCGAGCAGAACAGGGCCCGAACUAUUGUAGCCAUUCGCAGCUUGCCGCCUCGAUUUUGGAUCCCAGAUCAUAUUCUGGAGGAAGAUGACGUCCCGCCCUAUCCACUUCUUCGACCAAAUCUACGACGGGAGAGGUAUCUAGACGCCCGUGCACAUCUCUCGGAUGAAGAAUUCGAGGUCACCGAGGACGACGUCCCCUGGUGGAUGCGACACUAUCUGUAG